AUGAGUAUCGAGACGCUUUUAGAGGCGGCGAAGUUUUUGGAAUUGCAAGCCCUGCAACAACAGAAAGCACGUGUCUGGCCUCUCAGCCCGUCGGCAACACCCCGCCUUACGCCACCCAGAAAAGACACCCAUUCACUGCCAAACCAGCAGGCACUUCACCAGUGCCCCCUCAUCUCGUCUCAGGUGAAGGCAGAGCCCACAUCACUGUCUCAAUCCAAUGGCACCAAACCAGCCCAGCAGCUCCAGACCUACCCGGGCUCCAUCGUCGCAGCUUCCCAGCAUGCACUUCUCCCUCAGCCUGGACCUCCUUCAGCCCACCCCAGCCCUGCGGUCAGAGGCAGCCCGCCUGAUGACCACCGUAAUUUGGACGGCAAGAAGAGACCUGGAGGGGCAGGAACGAGGGAAGUGCACAAUAAGCUUGAAAAAAAUAGACGUGCUCACUUAAAGGAGUGUUUUGAGACCCUGAAAAAAAACAUCCCUCAUGUUGACGAAAAGAAGACCUCCAAUCUGAGCGUUCUGAGAAGUGCUUUGAGAUACAUUCAGACUCUGAAGAGGAAGGAGAAGGACUACGAGCAUGAGAUGGAGCGUUUGGCGCGGGAGAAGAUCGCCUUGCAGCAGAGACUUGCCGAGCUCAAGAAUGAGCUGAGUCAGCGAUUGGACGUGAUAGAGAUCGACCGCAUUCUUCGACAGACUGUCCAGCCAGAUGAUGACCAGGCCUCUACCUCCACUGCCUCAGAAGGUGAAGACGACAUUGAUGAAGAUAUUGAAGACGAGAUCUUAUCCGCCAUGCCUAGCGCCUUACCCAAAGUGCCUGCUGCGCUUCAGCCAGACUUAAUGAAGUCCCAUCCUGUGUCAUGCCUCAUAACACAGCACAUCCCCAUCCCACACAAACCGUCUAAGACUUUACCCCCCAUUCCCUCAGCUCAACUAUCCCCUGUCGCCGCCGCUGCCCUGAUCACAGCACCCGCUUUGACCGCAACCCCAGCACAGGCUCCUAACGGCCCGGCAUCUGCUCCUGCCGCCCAGGUGGUGACCCCGCAGGCACUACCUCCGGCCCAGACCCAUAUAGUGACCGCAGCCAGCCAGCAGCCUUCCGUCAUCGCACAUGCGGGAUCGGCGUCACACGCCUCAGUCAUCCAAACCGUCAACCGGGUGAUCCAGCCGGGCUCCAAGCAUGUGGCCCACAUCGCCCCUUCCUCCUCGGUGCAGCUGGCCCCCGGACCUCAAUCCAUUAGCCACAUCACUGUCGCCCAUCUUCCGGCAAUCUACUCUCAGCCUGUCACAGUCACACAGCCGGCUGUCAUGAGUCACAUCGCGCAAACGCUCUCUCACAGCCAGAUGAAUGGCACUUCGGUGACCAGCGCACAAGCCGCCGUGGUGGGCAAGCAGAUGCCAGUGGGCGCUCAGAUGAUUACCCAUCACCCUCAACUGGUGGGCCAGACCGUCCUCAACCCUGUCACCAUGGUGACCAUGCCCUCCUUCCCAGUCAGCACGCUAAAGCUGGCCUGAAGCGCUGACAUACAGACCCCUAGAUAGAGUAUAGACACUUAUAGACUGGCCCGCCUUGUCCGCCCCGUUUGAGACUGCAGCCACAUGCAGCACUGCAUUCAAACAAACUAUAAAGCUAAAGGACACAGUACAUUCCAAAUGAAACGAAAGUAUAUAAAGCGACACAAAGAAAUUUAUUGAAUGUCAAAUACUAUAUAAUGAUAUAUAAUAAAAGAGACGUUUUAUCUUUAUGUGUGGGCAAAGGCAAAGUCGAGAGUGCUUGUGUGCUGCUCAGUGUGUUUUAGGCUCUAGUGGAGUGUAUUAUGAUGAAACUGGUCCGAUCCCAGCCUAGAUUGACUCUUAGCCAGCCUAAUAUGUGUGACUACUGGUUUAAAUGACAGCCCCCAUAAUACCUCACACUAGCUCCUCAACUAACAGCACACCUCAUGUGAAGACUCCUCUCAGCUCCCGCUAGACCAGGUUUAAUGUACUGUGUUGUGACUGAUGUAAAUCCUGAACCGGUUCUUGAAGUCCCUACAGUUCUUAAAGAGAUAGUUUAUGUCGUUCCAACCUGUAUGACUUUCUUUCUUCUGCAAAAC